AAGUAUGCCGCAAUAAAGUGUAAACUGGUUUCGCUGAGAAAACCGAAACAAUAUAUUUGCGGAAAGUGAAAUCAGAACUUGUUUACUCAAAAGAUUUUUCAGGCCGCAUAUUCAUAUGGUUUCUUGUCAUAAGUCCAAUGUUCAUACAGCGUUGUGCACGCGUGUGUAAUUCUUUUAAGCCUACUAGCCAAACCUUUUAGUGGUGGCAACUAAAUAGUUUAUUUGGCAGAUUUUGAAACACCAAAAAUCGUUCGGCAUGUCAACAACGCACGCUCCGUCGGCGCCGGAAUUGCCCACAACAUCGCAUGGUGCAGCGACAGCACCGUCUGAUGAACCAAUGGGCGAAUGGACAUAUUUCGAUAACACAACAAGCGAUGGCACAGAGAAAACUGAGACAUCGGCAAAGCAAACCGCUACAGCAGCAACAACAACAACCGAAACUGUGAACUCCAACGCGGAAAAUGUCGCACCGAAACCUACAACUUCCACAACGUAUUCGUUUCCAGGCAGCGCACUGGGCAGCGAUUCCACCGCGAAUAUAAACAGCAUUAAAACAGAGAGCAGCACUAGUGGUGAUGCUAAAAACAAGAACAACGAAGAGGAAAAAGUCGACGAUUCCAUGUACGAAUGUAAUAUUUGUCUCGAUACCGCUAAGGAUGCCGUCGUCAGUCUGUGCGGUCAUCUGUUUUGCUGGCCAUGUUUGCAUCAAUGGUUGGAGACACGCCCCAAUUGCAAAUUAUGCCCCGUUUGUAAAGCAGCAAUUGGCAAGGAUAAAGUAAUACCGCUAUACGGACGCAAUAGCACCAAGCAGGAGGAUCCCAGAAAUAAGGUGCCACCACGUCCCGCUGGUCAACGUACUGAACCCGAGCCACAACAAGGUUUCCAGGGUUUCGGUUUUGGUGAUGGUUUCCACAUGUCUUUCGGUAUUGGCGCUUUUCCAUUCGGCUAUUUCGCUUCGUCCUUCAAUUUUGGUGAACCUCGUGCAGCAGCCGCCAAUCGUGGCACAGUCCAAUAUGAAGAUGAACAGCAAUUAUCUAAAUUAUUCCUGUAUUUGGCUAUCUUGUGCAUUCUUUGGUUAUUGUUCGCAUAGCAAUACUAAAUCGAUUAUGCUUGCCUAACUAAAUAUAUACUUAUGCAAAGAGCCCCACUUUUUAAUUUGUUGCUCCGUGCUUGCGAUUAUUAAUAAGAAAUUCAAUUAUGUACAUGUGUGCAAUUGAUUAAUGAGACAUACAUACAUACAUACAAAAAAUUGCAAAUACUUUUAACACUGUGGAAUUAUAUAUUGUCGAAAGAGCGUGGUAGUAAUCUUAAUGAGUAAAAUUAUAAAAAAGUGAUAACUUCAAAAUAAAUGUAUGUAAUGAAUUCAAAACAAAAAACAAAUAGUGAAUUGUUUAAAAGCUUAUUCUUGAUAUGUAUAAACAAGUAUUUCGUAACAUAUAUUUCAUAUUGCUGAUUUCUGUGCGGGGAUAGCAUUGAUGUCGGCUAAAAUUCCUCUAUAUUAAAUUGAAAUAUUUUUUCGUUUUUUUUUCUUUUAUUCUUAUGUGAUGUUUACUUUAUAACAAAUUGUACCUAAAAUUCUGCGCUAACAUAUUUGUGAUUAAGCGUUAAGUCGUAGCAUGCCACUGAUUUUACUUUUCCGCGGUUGUUUGUUUAUUUCGAAAAUAAAAUCCUAUAAAUUUAUUAUAA